AUGGCUCCUAAGAGAAAUCCGACUCAAACAGCCACCGUGCAUAGCACAGAUACAGAUACUUCUGCAGGUCACGUUAAUAAUCAAGCCGUGACUCGCCGUGAUCUGGACAUGCUAGCACAGAACCUCACGGCUGCUUUCUCUGAACAACUCCGCGCCGUCAUGAAUAAUGCUCCUACUCAGCAACGAGUAUUAGAAGACAUGGCGGAUCAAAUAAAAAACUUGCGGGCACGAAUCGAACCCCAUCAGGAGAUACCGAAGUCUCAUGAAUCUCAGGAUGGGAACUCGAGGACGUCCCACUCCAGUAGACGCAAUAAGAAGAGGCGGGAGAGAUCUAGAACCUACCCGAGCCUCAGCAAAACAGAUCUGCAGGAUGGCGAAUCUAAAACCGCCUCUCGAGAUGUCCGCACCUUCCUAGAAAGUAAGAAACAAAAGACGUCUGAAAGCGUCCAAUCAUUGGUGGAUAAAAGGAGGGAAGAAAGAAAGCAAGCCCAAGCCGCGGAGUCUAGCCGCCGCAUCACCAUGCCGAGGAAUGAGGCCGGCAAAAGUAGCCUUUCUGGAAAACUUGUACCCAUAAUCUCUCCAUUGGCCCCGGUGAUACUAAAUACCCCCAGUAAUGGGAAGAUAAAGAUUCCGAACAUGGCGGCCUUCGAUGGAACGUCCUGCCCGGAGGAACAUCUGAUGGCCUACAAAAACUUGAUGUUGCUGUAUACUAAUGACCCGUUGUUGUGGUGCAAGUUCUUCCCGACUACUCUUACGGGAGUAGCACUGACAUGGUAUACCUCCCUUCCAGGAGGAAGUAUACACAACUUUGCCCAACUGGAAGAGAAGUUCCUGGGCCACUUUAUAGCUUCCAGAAGGCAGGAGAAAUCAAAUUUCCAUCUACUCAGCAUCACGCAAUUAGAAGGAGAGUCCAUAUCAUCCUAUCUAAAAAAGUUUCAUGAGGCGGUGCUGGAGGCCCAUGAUCCUAAAAAACGGAGGUCUGAUAAGAAGAACCCCAUUACCAAUCAAUCCUCGAGAAACAGAGAGGAACAAGCAUUGAGGAGGGAAAGAAACUACCCUCCACGUCGUCCGGAGCCCCCGUCAGAUAUGGGGCCUCCACGAUCCAGACAUGUGUACGUCGCGGAAGGGGAAACAAGGACGCGGAGUAUACUCGAUGGAGGCAAUGACCCGAUGUUCAACCGCAACAGGAAAGACAUAUUCUAUGCCAUCCGCAAUGAAUUGCCAACUCCGCCUCCUACUAACACCCCCUCCAACCGUCGCAACUUCAAUCUGUGGUGUGACUACCACAAAGAACACGGCCACACUUUGGCCCAAUGCCGUGAACUUAAACGUAUCCUGCACCAAUUGGCUGAUGAAGGGAAACUAUCGAGGUUCAUCAACAAGGGAGACUAUGUAGCAAAAGAAGUCGAAAGAAAGCCGUGGCACCAAAGACGCAGAUCCCCCGGGAGGGAUGAGGCCAGGCGCGAAAGUUCCAACACUCAAGGGACUAUCAACCUGAUUUUCGGUGGAUACACUGAGGAAUAUCCCACCAUCCGCGCCGCAAGAGAUAGCGUCCAUACUUUGCUAAAGGGACCCCCAAUGACCACAUCCAGUGGGCCGGUCAUGAAAUUCGAUGCCACGACCUCCCAAAUGCUGCAACAACCACAUACUGACCCUCUGUUUGAAGAAAAACACUUGCAACCCCUCGAUAAACCUUUGAUCGGGUUUGGGGGAAACCAGGUCGUUCCAUUGGGUACCAUCGUACUACCCGUACGAGUAGGAGAGAAGGACAAAAGUAGAACGAUGCCCAUACGAUUCACGUUUGAGCGGGAUGAUGGGCAAGUGGGUAUACUCAAAGGGGACCAAGUGACAGCUCGUCAAUGUCUAGUGAGUACCCUCAAGCGAGAAACCUCCUCCACUCCCUCCAAAAGAAAGAGGGGAGACUCUUCAGCCGUCAUGAGCGUGUAUACAGACAACCCCAACGCCCACGGAAGGCCUCACCCAGUGGAACGGUAUGAGGAGGUGGAGAUGUUUGAUGGGAAACAAAUCAAAGUUGGAAAAAACCUCUCAGACGCGAUCAAGACUGAUCUCUUGGCCACCAUCGCCGAGUUCCGCGAUGUCUUCACUUUCUCCACGGAAGAGAUGCCUGGUAUCCCUACCCAUAUCACGUGUCAUAAACUUGAUAUAAAGCCAGGUUAUAAACCCGUGAAGCAAAAGCUGCGACAUCAGGGAAGAGAGCGAAUAGAGGCCGCCAAAGAGGAGGUGGAGAAGUUAUUGAAGGCCGGAUUCAUCAGAGAAUGCAAAUAUUCAGAUUGGCUCUCCAACGUUGUUCUCGUCAAGAAAUCCAACGGGAAGUGGAGAAUGUGCGUCGAUUUCACGGAUCUAAACAAGGCAUGCCCAAAAGACGACUACCCUCUCCCCAAGAUAGAUCGUUUGGUGGACUCCACAGCAGGACACACCCUGUUGAGCUUCAUGGAUGCUAACGCAGGUUAUCAUCAAAUCCCGUUGGCCCCUGAAGACCAACCGCACACAGCGUUCAUCACGAAUGCCGGCGUGUACUGCUACAAAGUCAUGCCCUUUGGUCUAAAAAACGCCGGAGCCACUUAUCAGAGAAUGGUAAACAAAGUCUUCCAGUCUCAGAUAGGCCGAAAUCUGGAGGUAUACGUGGACGACAUUAUUGCAAAGAGCAAGCAAGCAUCUGAACAUGCUGCAGACCUCCGAGAAACAUUCACAACCCUCCGGAAGCACCAAAUGCGACUCAAUCCAGAUAAAUGUGUCUUUGGAGUUACUGGAGGUAAGUGCCUUGGUUUCCUUGUCGACGAAAGAGGGAUAGAGGCAAACCCCGACAAAAUUAAGGCAAUCCAAGAUAUGAAGUCCCCCAGAUCCGUAAAAGAAGUGCAGAAACUAACAGGGUGCCUAGUAGCCUUAGGGAGGUUUCUAUCCAAAUCCGCGGACAAAUGCUCCCCCUUCUUCAAAACCCUAAAGCAAAGCAAGUUCGAAUGGACGAGAGAAGCAGAAGAAGCAUUCCAGGAAUUGAAGGAACACCUGUCUACCUUGCCGAAAUUAGUAUCACCCAUCAAAGGGGAGAAGCUAGUCCUAUAUGUCUCUAUCUCCGAGUACUCGCUAUCCGGAGUACUAGUGGCGGAAAGAGAAAAGAAACAGCUUCCAAUAUACUAUGUGAGUCAUGCAUUCCGGGGCUCAGAGGGGAACUACUGCGAAUUGGAAAAGAUUCUGGAAGGGAAAAAUAAGUCAAGCCGCGUUACAGAUUGGGCAAACCAGCUAGCAGAUUUCGAAAUCGAGUAUGAGCCUCGCACAGCGGUCAAAGCCCAGGCUUUGGCCGAUUUCAUUGCUGAAAGUACUCUUCCCCCUCAUCCUGAACCCAAUCAAGAAAGGAAGUUGUAUGUAGAUGGGUCCUCGACACAAUUAGCAAGUGGGGCUGGACUCCUCAUUGAAUCGUCCGCCGGGGUCCGUAUGGAAAGGGCGGUAAGAUUCGAGUUCGCGGCGUCCAACAAUGAGGCCGAAUAUGAAGCUUUAUUGAUGGGGCUGAAAAUCUGCUACGAAGCAGGGGGUAAGAUAUUGUCCGCAUUUUCUGAUUCCCAAUUAAUAGUUGGACAAGUAAAUGGAGAAUUCGAGGCCAAAGAUGAAAGCAUGAAAAUGUACUUACAACAAGUAAAGGAAUUUGUUCAGAAAUUCGACAAAUUCACUUUGGUCCAUAUCCCAAGAUCCCAAAAUGCACAAGCUGACUCUUUGGCAAAGCUGGCUAGCUCAGCUGAAACAUCCGCGGCCCGCGACAUCAUCUGGGAAGUACUUCCAAACCCCAGUAUCAAUCUCAUGGUCAACACCAUUGAUAGGUCAGAGAUGUGGAUGGAUCCUUACAUCAAGUUCUUGCAGAAUCGGACGCUUCCCCAAGAUGAAAAUCAAGCAAGAAUGGUCCAGAAAAAGGCCAGAUGGUUCGAACUCUACGAAGGAACGCUCUAUAAAAAGUCAUAUACACACCCCCUUCUGAAAUUUGUUUCUCCUGAAGAAGAAAACUAUAUCCUUCGCGAAAUACACGAAGGCGGAUGUGGUAUUCAUCAAGGAGUGCGAACCGUUGUAGGAAAGGUUCUCAGAAGCGGAUAUUAUUGGCCCUCACUCAGGAAUGUCGCGGAAACCUUAAUCAAAAGAUGUCCUGAAUGUCAAUACCACUCGAAGAUUGGGAGGAAGGCAUCAAAUUACUUGACCGCCAUGCAAGCCGUUCUGCCUUUUGACAAAUGGGGCAUGGAUCUCCUCGGCCCCUUCCCACCUGCCAAGGGCCAAAGAAAGUUCAUCAUUGUGGCUAUCGAUUACUUCACCAAGUAUGUGGAAGCAGAGGCUCUUAGCUCCAUCACAGACAAGCAAGUCUGUCAGUUUAUAUGGCGGAAUAUUAUAACAAGAUAUGGCAUCCCUCGUGUGAUCAUAACAGACAAUGGAAGGCAAUUUGUUAGCAAGAACACCAUCGAGUAUUGCGACAGGUUCAACAUCCAAAUCAGGUUCAGUUCUGUAUCUCGACCUCAAACUAACGGGCAAGUUAAGUCCGCAAACAAGGAAAUUCCCAACGGUAUCAAAAAGAAGAUAGAUGGGGUCAAAGGAAAUUGGGAUGAAGAAUUACCAGGCAUCUUAUGGGCAAGUCGAACAACAAUCAAAGAGGCCACGGGGCAUACGCCGUUCUCUUUAGUGUACGGAUCCGAAGCCGUACUUCCAGUGGAAAUAGGCGUACCCUCCACACGGGUCACCUACUACUCACACGCUGAGAAUGAGGAAGGAAAAAGAACAAACCCAGAUCUCCUACCCGAAACAAGAGGAAACGCACUGUUGAGAUCGAUAGCACAGAAGCAGAGAAUGAUUCGUAGCUUCAACCGUCAUGUCAAAACCAGACGUAUUCAAAUUGGGGACUUUGUACUCCGCAAAGUCGAGGCUACGGGAAAGAUAGUGGAAAAAGGAAAGUUAGGAGCCAACUGGGACGGCCCUUUCAAAGUCACCCGCGUCAUCAAACCGGGAACUUUCGAACUAGAAGACAUGAAAGGAAAAAAACUACCUCGCCUAUGGAAUGGAGACCAUUUGAAGAAAUUCUUCAUUUAA